AUGGGCUCCAAUGCUUUGCUCCAGUAUGCAUUUAAGGACUCCGAGAUGGGAAAGCUCAGCAACCAUGGGCGGCUACUCUCCAGGUUUGGUGCUGGGGGGUUGUUAUGCCAUUUGAGCUUCAACCGUUGUUGCAUUAUUGCCAUUGUCGUCGCUCAGUUUCUACUCUCAACCCUCAGAAAAGGCCCAUUAGAUAAGAAGAGGCCCAAACAUUUCCGAGUCGCGAGUCCCUCCGCUGAACCUUGCGGUUGUUUCUGUGACUGUCUCUCUGGCUCUGCAUCCCAAAGAUUUUCUUCCGAUUGGUGGUGUGGGCCGUCCCAGCACACGUUGGGGGUUCACACCCCCACUCUGCCGCUCUGCUUGCCCUACGCCGUCUUCUUCGAUGUCGCUGCUUCUCUUAUCUUUGGAUUCUUCCCUGCUGGGCGCUGCGUCUUCUCCGUAAAGGUGCUCGCCCGCUUCCCUCUCUUCUGGGUUGGAAGGUUUCAAAUCAUAGCAAGGAAAAUGCUGAAGCUUGAUAAUCUGACCGAUAAGUCAGAUAAAGCCUUUACUGGCCCAGAAGGAAAAAAAGGGAUGGUCUUUACCUGAUGCUCAGGUGUGUUCCAUGCACUUGUCUCAUAUCAUACUCCAUGUUGGAUAACAUGCUCAGAAUCUGCUGAGAAUGGUGAGGUCAAUGCCAGUAUGUCUGUCACUGGUCUCAUAUAUAUAGUUGUUGGACUUAACAUAAUCCCUGGCAUCCUCAUGAGCGUUCAGGUUAUGCCUCAAUACCCAGCAUUGCAUGGCAUUAUUAGGGCAGUUUUGAUAAUAUCUGCCUUGAACUAGAAAAGGUCACUUUCAUUGCCAGCCCCAAAAGAACUUGUCUUUGUUACAUUAGGAAAUAUCUGGAAUCACUUAUACAGCUUA